ACUUAUCAUGUAAUUGAAUACGUGACUAUCUCUCUCCAUUUGAUUACUGGAUCUCGAUUUCCGCGGUCACGUGCGAUAGUAAAUUGAUUACUACAUGUGAGAUCUUCGAUUUCGACCUACGUCAGGUAUCCUGCGUUGCGCAUUCAAUCCAGCAUAAUGUCUCAAUCAGAGCAGCCGAGCCAUAGCUCGACACCUAGGUCUUUCACAAGCCAGACAGUCUCUGCAGAAGAACUUCUUAAGUCACAGACUGUCGGUUUAGUCCAUCUUUCUGAUUUUCGCAAGCGUCGCGCAGAGGUUCUCGAGCAGAAAGAACGAGAAGCGCAUGAUAAGUCACUAGGGAGGUUCACCUCUGGUAACUCGAGAAGCGCAACUCCAUCAGGUGGCGAUGUGACCGACAGCGCCUCGACUCGAAGCUAUGGGCCGCCGAAAAAGAAGAAGAAGAAGAAGCCGCUUGCGAAGAGCAAACUCUCUUUUGGAGACGAUGAGGAAGAGGAUGAUAAUACCGGAGAAGAUUCCGCGGCCAGUAUACCUCGUUCCGCUUCACGAACGCCAGUAGACAGCUCUUUACCGCCGUCACGUCGGAUUACUCCGAAUCCAAACGCUCCACCCCCACCCAAAGCAAUGACAAAAGCUGCGCUGAAGGCAGAAGCUGAAGCGCGGGAUGCCUUGCGCAAGGAAUUCCUGGCGAUGCAGGAUGCCGUCAAGAACACAGAAAUCUUAAUACCAUUCAUUUUCUAUGAUGGAACGAAUAUUCCUGCGGGUACGGUCAAGGUUAAAAAAGGCGACCCAGUUUGGUUGUUUUUGGACCGAUGCCGAAAGGUGGGCGCUGAACUGGGAGUUGGCGGUAACAGUGGUGCUUCAAAGGGACGGAAAGAUAAUCGGCGCGAAUGGGCAAGGGUCAGUGUCGAUGAUUUGAUGCUAGUCAAGGGGGAUGUAAUCGUUCCACAUCAUUACGAACUAUACUACUUUAUUGCCAAUCGAGUACCCAGCUUCUCAAGUGCUGGAGGAUUGCUGUUCGACUAUUCCAACAAGCCCCCUGAAACAGCUCCUGCCAAUGAUGAUCCUCUAUCGAGAUCGAAUACCGAUCAACUUGAGGGCGCUGAUAAGGAUCCUGUAUCUACGAAGGUCGUUGAUAGACGGUGGUAUGAGCGGAAUAAGCAUAUUUACCCUGCUAGUCUAUGGCGAGAAUACGAGCCAGGGCCUGAAUUUGAAGAGAAGAUGCGCACAACACGACGCGAUGCUUCAGGAAACACCUUCUUCUUUUGAUUGGACGAUUAAACACAUGAUGGAAAGAUGAAUAGAUUGCUAUAGAGGGUGCGUUGUUCUUUGAAUUCUGUAUGUUAAGAUACCCAGCAAAUAAU